AUCGCUGAGACUGCCUGUGCAAGGUCAGCCUGUUCCUUCCUUCUUUGCACCUAUUCAGACAAAACCUUAACACUUUUCAGUGACAGUUAAUCUCUUAUUCAGACAGCAGUGAAGAUGCAGGAUAUUCUGCUGAGAGUGUUCAUGGUGACUGUGGGUCUUCUAACAUGUCUGAGGGAUGAUCCUGAGCCCCAAGAUUGGGAUGAUUCACCCACAGUGCCACUGCAAAUUCAGGAGGACAGGCUGGUGGUAGAGGAUGAAAAACUGCACCACAUAAUGACAUCUGUCAACAAGGAAAUGACCCACGAUGACAAUAGAGGGCCUCUGAAUGAUGGACAAAACAUUGACAACGAGGAAAAUCAAGCCAGAAAUGUGCCAGUAAUGGAGGAUUUGAGUCAUCACAAGCCUUCACAAAUUGACCAAGAGCAUAAGGAGAAAUCAGAGAUGGACAUAAAGAAUGAACAGGGAGAAGAACCCAUGGCUGAUAGCUCUUUCAGAGACCAGAACAGACCGAAGGUGACUCAAGUAAAGCCUGAGGAGAAUACAGUGCUCCACUCAGAAGACAAGGAAUCUCCUCCAUCACACGUUCACACUAAGACAUCAGAAAAUGAAACUUCUGAGGUGGCCAUCACUGACUGGGAGAGGGAUUUCCUCUGGUACCUAUGGAACACAUUUUCCAUUAUUUCCUUCAUUCGCUUCUUAAGGAAAUACCUGGGGAGAAAUUCCCAAAUUAAAGAAGGAGAAACCUGCGUGUUCCCAGGGACUUGCAAUGCUGUUGAAUUACCACGCUUAGACAGUGACACCCUGCAGAGAUUUCAUACUAAAUAUGUGAACGUUUCCUCCAGUAAGAUGUGGAAAGAGGAGUUCUUGGAGGGUUUUACAAAUGAUCUAUUGGAGGUCAUGAAGACUGUGUGUGAUAAAAAUGGUGGAAUGGCGAUUGGAGACUUCCGGAUGGUAGAUGUGUAUAACAUCAUCGUUCCCUUCACUCCACCUGAUCGAUGCAGUUUUCAGUGUUCACUCUGGAACAACCAGGCGAGUGACCUGCUGCCAGAUAUGCAAGUCUGUGGUCAAAUAAAGCUGGUGGAAAAUAAGGUAAUCCAGGAUAGCUGCCCCUGCCAGUCCCCUGACGCAGAUGAUGAUAUGGUGUGCCUGCUGCAUUGUGAGCAAGAGAAAGUACAGAUUAAAGUUUGUGAUGACCAUCUUUGUGGGAAGAACUCCUCUUUCCUGUCAAAGUCACAGGUAACCAGAUGGUUUCAGAGCACCAUUAAACAAGCAUGGGCACAGAUUUCACACAAGUAUGAAUUUGAGCUGAAUAUACGCUACAUUGAUGCUCCAGGUGCUUUGGUAGUUCGAUUCAGAUCAGGGAAGAAGAUCUGCUUUAGUAUGAACCCUGUGGUUAGAUUCAACAACGAUGCGCAUUUUAUCAUCACGACUUGCUCCCCACCAGACUUGGAUACUUUCUGGACUCUCUCCCUGAUCACCUAUGAGGACCAAUUUUUCAAAAACAUGUCUGAACAUCUGCCUAAAAACUCAUGCCACAGCCAAACUCUUGAAAUUGCACGUUUUCUUCACAGGAGGCAAACAGCUCUGUCAGGAAGUACCACUAUUAAUGAUUUUCAUUUCAAGACUGCGCUGAUGCAUCUGCUUUUGACCACAGAGCCUUCACAGUGGGAACCUGAUCAUGUAGCUUCUAGGCUACAAGACUUACUGGCCUUCAUGGGGAGAAGCCUAGAGAAAAAGCUGCUACACCAUGCCAUUAUUGGGAACCCUUUAACUCAGAGGGUUAUUGAACUGCCUGCUGAAUUUAGUCAAACAAAGCCAGUGAAUCUCUUCCAUCCCCUUGUGGUACACAGCUGUAUCUACAGAAAUGCAGUGAUGCAUUUCCAGGAAAUGCUUAAAAACGCACAAAUGCUAAUACAAGAAUAUAUCUGUCAGUGCAUGGACAACUAGAAUGUGACAAAUUCAAGAAAUCACUUGUAAAUAUUGGCAAGCCACAAACACAACCCACUGGUAUUGCUGCUUAUACCUCCGUUAGUGCAGAAGUGAGGGUAUUACCUGGGCUUGAACCAAGGAUCUCAUGAUUUGCUGGCAGCUGCCCAUCCUGCUGAGCUACACUAACCCUGUCCCUUUCCAAGACCUGAGGCAAUGACAAUGUGUGAAAAACUUUUUCUUCAAAUCCUUCAAAUGCUUGUGACAUUCAAAAAUUUAUCAUUUGAAACAUUUUAAUGUGAAAGAUUUUCCUGUAAAUGAUUCAAUACCUAAAAAAACACAAGGAUUAAUGUCUUUAAGUGUCUGUGAGGAUAUCUUGGUACUAGCAGGUUUGAGACUUAUUUACUCUCUUGCUUGUGGGACUUACAACCAGUUUGUCCAACAAACUGAGCCAGAAGAAGAGUGGGAACAAAACAGGCAUUUCCAGGAUAUAAGACAGACGGCAGAUAGAAAAACCUCUUUUUGCCAUGAAACUUAAAACCCUUCUGAUAUUCUAAAUAUUGCUCAAAAAUUUCUAAAAUAAAAUGUCCUGAAAGCUUAGAAACUAUUAUCAAUAACUGUGGGAAAGUAUGAGCAAAUAUUUAGUAAGGAAAAACGAUAUUUUUAAUACAGAACUGGUUACAGUAAAAAACAUUUACUGUCACCAUGGGCACAUUUAGGAUUGGAACAUAAUUUAACAUGUUCGAUAGUGAUUAUCCAAACAAUGUCUGUGCCAAUAUUGGGAUCAUUUAAAUUAUGACUAACGCCCAGUUCACACAGGACUAGUAAUACCUAGGGACCUCUUGUAAUUUGUAAUAAUCUCACAAGACGUCUGUGUUUUUAAUGCUGACUGAAUCAACCAUGUUGUAAUUUGUGGUGUAGAAAUUCCUGGGCAAAUUGCCUACCAUAUUAAGUACACACAGAGGUCCAAAGGUAAUUCUCAUCCUGUGUGAAUCUGCACCUCUGUAAUUGAGAGUGGUAAUUAUGUUCUUUUUAAGAUCUGUGCAGCUUUUUCUGCUCUUUUUACUGAUCAAAAAAAAAAAUAAUAGAGGCUUCGCAGGACAUUGUUAGCAAAGUUUUGACAUUUGGCUAUAGAUAGUGCUUAGCUUUCAGUUCAUUUCAGAUAUGUGUAAAAUGGCUUUAUUUUACUUAAUUUAU